AUGAUAUGUUCAUCAAAAAGUGGAAUGUUGACAGAUUUUUCACAAAAUUUAGAUGGACCUUCAUUACCGGAAUUAUUAGAAGAGAAAAGCAUUACAUGGAAAGCAUAUUUAGAAAAUUAUCCCGGUAAUGGAUUUAAAGCGGAUGCAUCAGAUGAUAAAUUAUAUGUUCGUAAACAUAAUCCAUUUAUCUCAAUGAAUAAUAUAAGGAAUAACCCAACCAUGGUAUCAAAAAUCGUUAAUUCAAAACAAUUAGCUGAUGAUAUAGAAAAAGAUGAUGUUCCACAAUAUGUAUUUUACGUGCCAAAUAUUAAUAAUAAUGGAGAGAAAACCAAUUUAAAAUUUGCUAGUAAUUUUUUAAAAAAUGAAUUCAUUCCUUUAAUUCAACAUUUAUUAACUUCUUCUAGAACCCUCUUAGUGAUUACUUUUGACGAAGCCUCUACUUAUAUUGAUUUUAAUUUAGCUAACUAUAAUCAGAUUUAUACUACACUUAUUGGACCUAAUGUAUUAAACUCUGUUACGCAUAAUGAUGGUACGAGAUAUAGUCAUUUUAGUUGGGUGCCUACUAUCGAAGAGAAUUGGAAUUUAUCUCGUCUUGGUAAUGGAGUUGAUAAUGAUAGAGUAAGUACCGUCCCCUUAGACUCUAAAUUAUUUUUGUAA